AUGGGGAUCGACAAGUCAAUCUUUGUUUCGCCGAGUACUUUCCAUUUGACUGUGGUUAUGUUGAAGUUAGGGAACAAGGAAUCUGUGGAUGCAGCUCAGGAUAUCCUCAAGAGUAUUUCUUCUAGUGUGAGGCAUGCUUUGGAUAACCGACCUGUCUACAUAAGACUUAAGGGAUUGGAUUGUAUGAGUGGAUCUUUAGACAAAACUCGCGUGCUCUAUGCUCCAGUUGAAGAAGUUGGCCACGAGGGUCGUCUGCUAAGUGCUUGUCAUGUUAUCAUCGAUGCAUUUGUAAAUGCUGGAUUUGCUGGCAAAGAUGCAAAGUCACGCUUGAAGCUACUUGCGACGGUGAUGAAUGCAAGCUACAGAAAGGAUAAAAGCAAAAAGAUGGACACUUUUGAUGCGCGAGAGAUACACAGAGCGUUUGGGAACAAAGAUUGGGGAGAAUAUCUAAUCAGAGAAGCUCAUCUCUCAAAACGGUUUUGGUAUGACUCGAUCGGCUACUUCCAUUGCUGUGCUUCACUACCUUUUCCACAUGAGUGA